UCUUCAAGAGCGUAAGCUAAAAGAUGCACAGAUGCGGGCGACCAUCAAUCAAAAACUGAUCGAGACUGGAGAAAGAGAAAGAUUGAAAGAGCUGCUGAGAGCCAGGCUGAUUGAAUGUGGUUGGAGGGAUCAGCUGAAGGCAUAUUGUAAAGAAAUUGUUCAGCAAAAAGGCCUGGAACACAUCACAGUGGAUGACCUAGUCAGUGAAAUCACACCAAGAGGAAGAUCGCUAGUUCCAGAUGAAGUUAAGAAGGAACUGUUACAGAGGAUUCGAACCUUCCUUGACCAGCAAUCAAAUAUUUAA